AUGUUCCUUGAGCUGUUGUACGCUUUUUACGCUCAACAAUUUUAUCUUUGCUUAGGCAACAAAUUCCACUUAAAAGGGAUUGAACUCCAGGCUCUCUUUCCAGCCAUUGAUGAGUACAUGACAUAUGAGGGCUCCUUGCCCUUUCCGAGCUGUGCAGAAACGGUCACUUGGAUUAUUCUCAACCGAUCUAUUCAAAUAUCCCCUAAAGAGAUGAAGGUGUUGCGUCAACUUCGAACCGAUAAAACGCUAUGGUCGAACUCGAUGGCAGACAACUUUCGUCCCGUCAAUCCUCUCAACAACCGCUCAGUGAGAACGAACAUCCGCUUCGCAAGCACAAGAUAUCGCUAUGAAUUUAAUGAUCUCAAAAGUCUCUCUAUUUGGAAGAAACAAUUCUCGUUUCGCAACAUUUUGCUUGACCAAGUUUUCAGUCAGUAA